CAAAACCAAAAAAAAAGGGGAAAAAAGAAUAAGAAACAGAGAGAAAAAGCAUACCACACAAUAUUCCCUUCUCUCUCUCUUCUUUCGCUGAUAGAGAGCCUCUCUCUAAGCAAAGCACGAGCGAGAAAAAUCCAAGGGAGAAACCAAAGAAGACCAUCUUUACCUGUUUCUCUGUUCGUUUUUGAUUUCUCUUUUUCAAAAAAAAAAAAAAAAUUCUAGAUGCGAAUAUCUUAAGAUUCAACUGGCUGAAAUCGAGAGGUUACAGAUAAGGAUUUUGCAAGAUCAGCGAAGAGUGGUAAAAGAAAAAUCCAGUGGAAAUACAGAGGAUCCCGUCGUGUAGAUCCGCCAGAUCUGUUAAUCUCCGGUACUCUGUUUUCCUUGAUUCGUCCUCUGGUGUUUAUAACUAUGCUAAGCUAGUGUAUGGAACAAAGCGGCACUAGGGUCGCUGAGAAAACUCGAAUGGAGGAGGAUUUCUUGAAGAUCAUGAACCAUUACUUAGAGGAAUCGAAGAAGAUGAGAAUUACUGAAUGGUCUUAAAAGUGUCCAUCUUUGAAAUUUCUCUGCUUUGAAGCAAUACUCGAUUUCUACUUGUGUGUUAGUGGGGAAAUCUCUGGUUUUUUGGGAGAUGAUGGAAGAGAUGACUCCAGCCGUUGCAAUGACUCUGAGCUUGGCUAACACAAUCUGUGACUCAUCACCUGUAGAGAUCACUCAGCUCAAGAACGUUACUGACGCAGCUGACUUGUUACCUGAUUGCAACGGAGGGACUGAUUCUCCGAUGGAAGAUGCACCGGAACCGGAAGAGGCUGGUCAGCGAGGUGAACCGGAUUCGUUGAAGACUGCUAAUGAUUGUGUUGUGGAUGAAGACGAGGUUUUAUCCGUUGUGGAGGAUGACAGUGCAGUCAUAAGUGAGGGCUUGUUAGUUGUUAACGCCGGCUCUGAGUUGAGCUUGUCUGAUGCAGCAAUGGAGAUAGAUAACGGUCGAGUUCUUACGAAAGCGAUCAUCGUAGGCGAGUCAAGCAUCGAGCAGGUUCCCACCGCGGAGGUUGUCAUCGCCGGUGCGAGUCAGGAUACACAGAUAGGAGGAGAUGGUUCAGGUGUAACAGCUUCGGAGGUUGUCAUUAGGCUGCCGGAAGAAAGUAACAGUCAUCUUGCGAGAGGGAGGAGCGUCUAUGAGCUAGAUUGUAUACCUCUUUGGGGCACUGUUUCUAUUCAAGGUAAGAGAUCUGAGAUGGAGGAUGCCUUUGCGGUGUUGCCUCAUUUUCUGAAGCUACCCAUCAAAAUGCUAAUGGGUGAUCAUGAGGGUAUGAGUCCAAGUCUCACUCACCUCACGGGUCAUUUUUUCGGUGUUUAUGAUGGUCAUGGAGGCUAUCAGGUUGCUGACUAUUGCCGAGAUAGACUCCAUUUUGCUUUGGCUGAAGAAAUCGAGCGCAUAAAAGACGAACUAUGCAUGAGGAACACGGGAGAGGGUAGGCAGGUCCAGUGGGAGAAGGUCUUCACUAGCUGUUUUCUAAACGUCGAUGGUGAGAUUGGAGGCAAAAUCGGGAGAGAUGUUGUUGGUUCUUCUGAGAAGGUUCUUGAGGCUGUUGCCUCUGAGACUGUAGGUUCAACUGCUGUGGUUGCUUUGGUUUGCUCAUCACAUAUAAUAGUUUCUAACUGCGGCGAUUCAAGGGCGGUUCUGUAUCGUGGCAAAGCAGCCAUGCCCUUAUCAGUCGAUCACAAACCAGAUAGAGAGGAUGAAUAUGCAAGAAUAGAGAAUGCUGGAGGGAAAGUUAUACAAUGGCAAGGCGCUCGUGUAUUUGGUGUUCUCGCCAUGUCUAGGUCCAUUGGUGACAGAUAUCUGAAGCCGUAUGUGAUCCCGGAACCGGAAGUGACGUUCAUGCCGCGGUCAAGAGAAGACGACUGUCUGAUACUAGCCAGUGAUGGUCUUUGGGACGUGAUGGACAACCAAGAAGUUUGCGAAAUAGCCAAGAGACGGAUCUGCCUGUGGCAUAGGAAGCACGGUGCGCCGCCUCUAGCGCAGAGAGGCAAAGGAGCAGACCCUGCUUGCCAAGCCGCCGCUGAUUUCCUCUCCUUGCUUGCUCUUCAGAAAGGAAGCAAAGACAACAUCUCCAUCAUUGUCGUUGACUUGAAAGCUCAAAGGAAGUUAAAGACCAGAGCUUGAAAGCUUGAUUUGCGAAAACAGUACGCUUACUUACUUUUUUAUUUUUACUGGGGUAAGUUCCAAAUUUUUCUUAUAUGUUAGAUCGUAACGGAUCUAAUUUCAACAAGUUCUUUACAUAUUGUUAGAGGGAGGGAAAAAUAAGAAAAACCAAAAAAAAUAUAUGAAAUGUGGGUUGGGGAAGAGAAGUAAAGACUGAAGAAGAUGAUGAUGAUGCAUAGCUAAUUAUAAGUACAUUCCUUUUUCUCAUGGGAUUUGGAUUCGUAAGUAUAAGAUGAAGAUAGGCCAAGAAGAUAUGUCUUUAUUUUUAUUUUUGUGGUAUUAAAGUAGAUGAAUAUGUUGUAAUCUUUUGAGAUGUGGCUAAUGAAAUUGUAAUUGAAACUAUGUCACAUUAACCCUCUUGCCUUUCUUUUUUUUUAUCCUCGUUUUCGAUAGAUUCCUUUGUGUCUUUUUCUUCUUUUCUGCAACUUCAAUGUAAAAUGAAAGCAUAGCGUUUAACAUGCUUGAUAAUAAUUACUAUAUGACGCAGUGAUAGCGCAACAGGUGGACGUGCCGGAGUGGUUAUCGGGCAUGACUAGAAAUCAUGUGGGCUUUGCCCGCGCAGGUUCGAAUCCUGCCGUUCACGGUUUUUUAAUUUUUUUUAUGUUUCUCAUUUUUAUAAUACGCUCCAAUUCCAUAACUUAGUCUAGUUUUGUAUCAAUCGUUACGAAAGGUUAAUAUCAAAUAUAAAUCGAACACAUUAUAUAUAAACAAACCGCACAUAUUGUAUGUAAGUACGUACUUUAAUGUGAAAUUAAAUCUUACUUUCAAGUUUCAA